GUGCUCCGAUCAGUGUGUUCGCCGGCUUCGUACGGCGAUUACAUCGUCGACGUCACUGACCCUGUUGGUCACCGACGAAGUGUAUAUUUACGCGCGCUCGUUCGAAUCCAAGUCCGCCCGUCGAUGUCACGAUAUUAUAUUAAAUUUUAUUAAGAGGAAAAAUUAUAACAACUGCGGAUGAUUAUUGUUAUCGUGUAACGUCAAUUGUUAAAUUAAAAUCAAAGUGAAUAUUUGUUUUGUUUUUCGUUAGUUGGCCUGCAUGUGCGUUGAAAGUGCAAAUUAAAAUUUUUUCCGAACGCGUUAGAUUUUUUUUGCUAACGAUGGACGAGAUCGACCCGUCAAUUUCAUUGCUGUAAUCCAUCUCGUCAAAAAUUUCGAAUACACGCGAAUAUUGCACGCUUUUAUAACUAUUGUAGUCAAUAUUAAUAUUAUAGUUAUAGGCCUACAAUUGUAUAUUCCAAUAUCUACAUAAUUUUAUCUCUAGUACGUGCAGACGAAAUCAUCAGCCAUGGGACUUAGGUACGUACCUAAUAUUUAGGUAGAUAUGUAUAUACUCGUCUGCCUAAUGAACUAUGGUAUAUUACAAUGGUCCGAAUAUUUUGUACCUGCGUCGCCAGUAAAUUUUGCGUCGUCGCCCGUCUAUUAAACAUUCAUGUAUGAGAAUAUGAGAUGUGGUACUACCAGAAGAUCAUCUUCCCCUAUUGCAAUAAAAGAGGACAGAGGGUCAUCGUUGGUAAAAAACCGCGGGUCGUCGCAGAAAAUCAUGUACCCGCCAAAUGCGUCCAAAGACGGCUGCAGGUGGAAAAACUUGUACAACAGCGAAGCGGGCAGUGACGUCAUAUUUUUGGUAGGAGACCCCGAGUGUUGGAGGUUCCCCGCACACAUAGAUGUGCUAUGUCAAUACCCGGUCUUCGACGCCAUGCUUCGCGAACCUUGGUCGAAAAAAGGCACCCCGAUCCACAUACCGGAUGACGACCCUAGAGCCUUCGACAACCUACUCAAAUUCAUGUACAAGAACACGGUGGAACUGAAAUCUGUGGUUACCGCGCUGGAAACGCUAGGGCUGGCCAACAAGUACAUGUGCGUGGACCUGGUUGACGAGUGCAUCGUCUACCUGACUCGCAACCUGACCGUGGACACGGUGCUCAUGGUGUACCAUGCAGCCAGGCUAUACGGUGGCCAGACUGCGCCACGCCGUGAACAGCCCGCUGCUUGUUCACCAGCGGCCACAGCCCGGGCCACCGCGCCGCCACUGCAAGACUUGAUGCCGGCGGCCGUGGCCGCCGACGACGCGCAUUCCGAGGCGUUUGCUCGCAUGGUCCAGCACUACGACACACUGUUGGAGUAUUGUGGCGCAUUCAUCGACAGGAACGCCGAUCGGGUGAUGACUGAUGAGAGCGUCGACGAACUUGACACGGUCGAGCUAAGGGAACUGCUUCGUCGUGACGGACUGGCUGUGUCCAGUGAAAUGGUGCUGUUCGCGACGCUGGAGCGGUGGUGCACGCACAAGUGCAAGCAACAGCACUUAGAACUGACGGUGGCCAAUCGACGGGCGGUGCUGGACGACACGGUGCUGCUGUCGGUGCGCUACCUGCAGAUGACGGCCAACGAGUUCCUGUCGGGCCCGAUGCCCAGCGGUCUGCUCAACGCCCAGGAGACGGCGGUGCUCAUGAAGCACAUACUCAACCCCAAACAGCCGAAGUGGACGUGCCAGCGGUUGACCAAGGAAACGCUCGAGUACAUGAGCACGCCGCGGGCCAAACGGAACCACGGGGCCGCGGGCGCCGGCGGCGGGCUGUCGUACGUCAUCAAGCGGCGGUCAUCGUCGUUCAGAGGUACCGCGAGCGACCCGCACCGUUGCGACGGCGACGACAGCAGUCAGUCGUCCGAGUUCGACUCGCCGAAGCGGUCGUUGUGCUGCGCGGGCGGCAAGAAGAACAAGAAAAACGGCGGCACCGGCAAGAAGAACAAGAAAAAGUGUAUGGACAGCUGUUUUUGCAAUUGUCUGAUUUACUGUUUGGACGUGUGUUUCGGUUGAACGCGGCCGCCGGAUCUCUUCCCCUCCCCACUUCCACAACACCAUCACUCAUGCACACACACACACACACACACUGACCUAAUUGUCCGUUAUAUAAUAAUAAUAUGUGUGCCGUGUGUGUAUUUGUAG